GCUCCCCUCUCAAACAAGCGCCAUCAACCUGUUGAGUCCGGUUCGGGGUCGGCUCAGAUCGCUCUUCUGCGCACGCGGCGCUCUGUAAACUGACCCAGGCUCAGUGAAGAUCCCGAUCCUCCCCCUCGUCCUCUACUGCCCCGCCGUCUUUUCCUCCCAGUGCGCUUGUGAGACGCCGAGCAGCCCGUCUGUUUCCCACGCCUCCGCACCGCACCGCACCGCACCGAACCUCCAGAAUCAGCAAAGAUCACGGAAUGCGGAAACAUCCGCUGCACGUUUGAGGAUUAUGGCAGUUUAAAUGUAGCGAUGUAGAAGUUCAGCUAAAAGUCUACUUUUUCCAUUGGAGUUCGGGCCGUGAAGGGAACGCAAACUUUUCAUUCGAACGGACUGCGCUCGGUUCUAUAAUGUCAACAGAAGUGGUUCAGAAGUACUAAUUAAUACUUCUGUUGUUUAGAAUUUCAAAGUUUGCAUUGCGUGUGUUGUUUUGUGUGGAAACGAACUUGAGGAGGAUUUCCACACCUCAGGAAUUCGACGCCAGAAGCUGAAAGGUCCCUGAACGCAGCAAGAAGCUAACUAGCAUGUUUGCUAGCGACUCUUCUCAUUUCUGACGCACCAAAAGGCAAAACUGCGCCCAACUCCACGAGAGCGCGAACCGUGAUGCGUUUAACACGCAGUUAACGCGAGCGCAGCGUUUUCCGGAAGGUUUUUAACUCUUGUAGGUUGUUGUUUUUAACACCGUAAGUUAACGUUAGGUCCCAGAACUCGGCUUCACCGUUAGCCGCAGCAGCUAAGGUCCAGCCAUGCCGCAGCUAAACGGGGGCGACGGGGACGAUCUGGGAGCAAACGACGAGCUGAUCGCCUUCAAAGACGAAGGGGAGCAGGAGGAGAAGCGCAACGUGUCCGCCGAGCGGGACCUGGACGAUGUCAAGUCCUCGCUGGUCAACGAGUCCGAGACCAACAGCAGCUCGGACUCGGAGGCGGACAGGCGGCCCAAGCCCGGUCCUGACCCGGAGACCAGGGCCACACACAGCCGGCUGGUGGAGGAAGUGCUGAGGAGGCAGCAGGAUGGAGGCCUCUUCCAGCCCUCUCCAUAUGUCGGCUAUCCCUUCUUCAUGAUCCCAGACCUCAGCAACCUCUGCAGUCCCUACCUCGCCAACGGGGCCCUGGCGUCGGGCGCUCGCACGUACCUGCCCUGGCCUCUGCUCGACGUCCCUGGCAGGUCUUCCAUCAGAGACUCUGCUCCCACACACCUGUCAAACGGAGUCCCGGUGGUUCAGCACCCCCACGUGACCCACCUCCACCCACUGCUGUCCUACAGCCCCGAGGCCUUCUCCCCUCAGAGGGCCUCACCUGGCUUCUCUCCUGAUGCAGGUCUGUCCAGGACCCCUCACCCUGCCUGCUAUCCCGUGUCCCCCGGAGGCAUGGCUCAGAUCCCACACGCCCUCGGAUGGCUGCCUGGGCAGCCCAUGUAUCCCAUUACAGGAGGCUUCUCACCUGCUCUGGCCAUGAACGCCUCCAUGUCUAGUCUUGUGUCGAGCAGCUUCUCUCCACGUUUGGUGUCGACCCCUCAGCCGUCUGUUCCCCACCCAGCCAUCCCCACAGCCGUUAAGCAGGAGCCUGGAAGCAGCAGCAGCCAGCCGGGAAAGUCGACGCCUGACGCCCAACGGGAGAGAGAGGACGACAGGAGGCCUCACAUCAAGAAGCCACUCAACGCCUUCAUGCUGUACAUGAGGGAGGAGAGGCCCAAGGUGGUGGCUCAGUGCAAGGUGAAGGAGAGCGCCACCAUCAACCAGAUACUGGGACAGAGGUGGCACUCGCUGUCCAAGGAGGAGCAGGCCAAAUACUACGAAAUGGCUCGGAAGGAGCGGCUGCUCCACUCCAAGCUCUACCCCGGCUGGUCGGCCAGAGACAACUACGGCAAGAAGAAGAAGAGGAAGCGAUCGAAGAGCGACGGCCAGCUGGAAGCUCCUGCAGCGGCCGGCCAGGAUUUCUCCUCUCAGCCCAAGAGGCCUCGCGUCCCGCCUGCUCCCGAGGAGACGCCGCCGCAGAGUGCCCGCCCCCUCCCCACGCAGCCUCACACCGUGUCCCACCUGACGCACACGCACCUGUCCCAGGCCAGCCCCGCCUCCUCGCUGGACUCCCCGGCGACGCCCACCACGGCGCUGGCCUCCCCCGCCGCCCCGGCGCCGACUCACACUGAACUCACGCUGCCCUACGCAGAGCAGCUGCAGCCGCUGUCGCUCACUACCAAGCCCCACCGGACCCCCCUCUCCCUGAGAGGCGCCUCCACGCCAUCCUCGGACACGCCUACCUCCCCACCCCUGGCCGCUCCCCCCAGGGGCUCCCCCCCUCCUCCCCCUAUUCUCUCCCAGCCUUUCCUUGUUCCGUCUUCUGCGUCUGCGAGCUCUCACGGUGCCUUAAGCCAAUCACAGCCACUGUCUCUAAGGAGAACCAACCAGCUGUGACAGUGGAAAAACAAAGUAUUUUUAUCAAUGCUGUAAAUAAGCUUUUUGUUUUUUAUCCUUUUCAUAUGUCGAUCUCAUUUUAUAUUAGUAUAAACAGACAAUAACUGGUCAAUAUUUGACUACUUCAUCAAAAGUCAUUUUUCUACAUUUCCUGAUGUGUGGUUGGCAGCGAGUGUUUCAUCUGGAGUUUGUUCUGGAUGUUUUCACUGUAAAUCUGUUUCCUGGUUUCCUGUUAAUAAACCUUUACCGAGUUCUGAUUGGA